AUGGAAAGGUCUCUGGUGAACUGGGAGGACGCGCCAUCUGAGGAGUCGGGAAGCGAGGACCAAACCAGCGAAGAGGAACUAGAGGAGUCAGAAAGUGAAGAAGGGGAAGAGCUCGCAAGUGUCGAGGAGGCCGAGGCGGAGCAAGCUAUUGAAGGCGAUUUUGAUCGCCUAGUCAAGGACAUCCGACUCAGGGAUGGAUCGACGUCGACGAGCGGCAGUAUCCUGACCAAAGAUUGGGACUUCUACAUUGACGAAAGGGAAGCUGAGUUCAAGGAUGAUCUGCGGGAGGCUUCAGGGAUUGGCCGUAGACGGAAGAAGAGAGGACGCGCGACAGGCCCUGUUCUAUCCCAACAGGUCAAGUCCCUCAUCGGGGAAGGCAAUCAAGCAUAUGUCGAUAACAAUCUUCCUGAUGCUAUUCGCCUUAUGCAAGAAGUCAUCCGCAUCGAGCCGCGCGCCGUAGGAGCUUGGACUGUCCUUGCUCAAAGUUACGAGGACAUGCACGAAAGCCUCAAGGCACUGCAACUUCGCAUCAUGGUUGCACACCUACAGCACGACGCGGAGGAGUGGGAGCGUCUUGCACGGCAGUCACGCGAACACGGAUACAACCAGCAGGCUUUGUACUGCUACCGCAAGGUGAAUAGCCUCGAUCCGGCGAACGUCGACGCGUGGUGGGACCGCGCCUCGCUUGCGAAAGAGAUUGGCGAGCUCAGGACUGCUAGAAACGCGUACCUCGCUAUCCUCAAACGCUUUCCACACGAUCUCACGGUCCUGCACGAACUCCAUCCAAUACUCGUUGAGUUGAACGAGCUUGCACUGUGUGCCCGGCUUCUACAAGAAGCAUUGGAACACUACAUGAAAUUCAACCCCGUUGGUGGCAAAUUUGGCAUGAUGCACCUCCUUCUCCUCGCCGACCUGUACAAUGUUCUGGAGGAAUACAAGCCUGCUAUUGACACCAUUCGCCGAGGGACUCGCUGGCUGCAGGGUAGAUCCGAGCAGAAUUUUUGGGAUAUGUGUGAAGAUGACAGAGAAUACGACGUGGAAGGAUGGCCUCCACGUCCUAGUGGUGCGGAAGGCGACACAACGCAGGCGGGCAAAUAUGAGCUGGAUGUCAAUGCCCGACAUCGCCUUGCCGUAGCUCGUAUUAAAAUGGGCGACAUCGACGAGGGAAAGCUACAUGCUGGCAUAGUCUUGUCGGAGGACGUGCUCGACUACUCUGUUCUGUUCGCUGAGAUAGCGGAUGCGUAUUUUGAGCGGGAAAUGUAUGCAGAAGCCAAACCUAUUUACGAGCUACUUGGUGGAGACCCUGCGACCAGUAGUGUCGAUAUUUUGAUGAGAACAGCUGCAUGUAUGCGGAAUCUUGACGAGUUCCGGGAUGCAGCGGAGGUCUACGAACAUGUCCGAUUGGCUGACCCAGGCAACAAUGACGCGAAAUGGCAUCUGGCGCAGGUCUACGAGGUCAUUGGAGAGACGAGAAAGGCCCUCGACCUUGUCUAUGAAGUCAUCGACUCCAGAAAGAAGCGAAGAGGUACCGCUGCAGCCCCAACUGAGGAACCCAGCAACACCCAGUCUACGUCCUUAUUUGCUGAAGAUAGAGCCACCGCAAAAUCAAAAGCAGCUGCAGCCCGCCAAAAUCGACUGACGCACGCGCAACUCAAGGAGUUAGAGGCACAGAAGGAGAAGCAGGUGGUCAAGGGCUAUCGCAGAUUGAAAGAUCUCUGGCCGGGUAUGCUGGCAGGCGAUCCCGACUCGGAGAGGGAAUGGCUUGCCAUUGCAGAUACAUUGGUUGAUAUGUUUCGAGAGACAAGAAACCUUUUCCUUACGAGUCGGAACAAUCCCUUCCGUGGUAUGUUCCCCAGGAGAACGAGGAUGCGGAAACGUGGUGCUGCAGAGAUCGAGGCGGAUGAAGAGCGUAUGGCAUCUCGCCUACAACUCGACUUAGAAAGGGAUAGUCCAGGCCGAAAAUCGUCUAGAACAGGGGAAAGAGGCCGCGCUGUUGAUGUCUUCCGUGGUGUUUCCUUCGACGACUGGCUGAAGCUCUUUAUGCAGUAUUGCUUCAUGUUAACCAAACGCGAUCAGUUUGAGACUGCCGACGAAAUCCUACGGCACAUCAUGGCAUCGAACGCAUACCAAGCGAAAGAACGGCAAGAUUCCAUUCGUCUUGCUCUCAUAACAUGUGCAAUCUCAGCCGAGAGGCCGGAGAUCGUAGUAGAGCAAGCCCGAAAAAUCAUCACGCAGCACCAAUUCAAUAACGAACCUCUGCGCAUCCUAAUUGCAUCGCUGGCGAGUGGUUUGCGUGCCACAGACGCUUUUAUUACCUCCAACCUCCAAAAGCAUCUUUUCCGCGAGGUGAAGCUCGCUGAUGCUGCCGCCAACCAUCCUGAAAUUUUGAGAUGGAACCCGCUCAACAAACGCUAUGCCCCAACGGGCCAAGGCAAAGCUGCAGAGCAAGACGAAGAGGAUAACGAUGAGAUGGAUCGCGGAAGUGAUCAUGAACCACCCUCGACAUCGACUUCGCACGACAAGUCAGGUCUUCCUCCCAUCCCUACGAAAGAGAAUGCGGUUGUUGUGACGAUUUAUGGGCAAAUCUGUAUCGCGGCGAAGAGCUACCAGAGUGCUAUCUUCUACCUCCUCCAUGCAUAUGACUAUCACUCCGACGAUCCGGUGAUUUGCUUGUGUCUGGCGAUUGCCUCAGUUGGCCGUGCUAUGCAGCGACAAUCCGAUAAUCGACACCACCUGGUGGUCCAGGCAAUGGCGUUCCUUACGAAGUACCGCAGGUUGCGUGGCUCGACUGUACCGGAAGUACGCGAGGUAGAGUAUAACUUUGCGAGGACAUUUCAUCAGCUUGGCUUGUACUCACACGCAGUGAAGCACUACGAGCGAGUUCUUGAGAUGGCAGACAAGGCGGGAGACGAUCUGUUCGCGCGAGAGGCAGCUUACAACCUUUCUCUUAUUUUUGUGAUUACUGGCGCGGUGCCCUUCGCUGAUGCUUUGUACCGACGGUGGCUGUCUAUUUGA